AAUAGCACUUACUCCAAGGACAGAAGCACUGGGCAGCCUGAACAGUGUUACGGAGGCAACGACAUUCCAGCCUUCAGCACUUAACCACACGGGGCAGUACUAGCGAGAUCUACCAAACCAGCUAUCAGCAUCGAGCUGGGACAGCGCGCGAGGAGAGCACACACAUGCAAGCCGACUGAGAGAGGUGAUCAUCCCCUGGGCUGAUCUCAUCCCCCCUUGGACGUGUCCCCCACCCCUGUACGGAUGGUGCUGCAGGGGGUCCAUUGCUGAUGCCAGGCGAUCCCCAGGCAGAUACGGCCGUGCUCCGGCUCAGAGACGGGCCAUGGCUGCCCAGGUGGCUCCCCCAGCCGCUCUCAGGCUCCCGUUCCAGCCCCCACCGGGAUGUGGCCUGGUUCCCAAAGAGGAAGUGGAAGAGCCAGAUGCCCACGGAGCCGUCGACAUGGAGAUGCAUCGUCUGCGCUUCAGGGGGUUCCGCUACCAGGAGGCUGAGGGACCCCGGGAGGCAUACGGCCACCUCUACCUCCUCUCCCGGGCGUGGCUGAGGCCGGAGCAGCGCUCCAAGGAGCAGAUGCUGGAGCUGCUGGUGCUGGAGCAGUUCCUGAGCAUCCUGCCCCAGGAGAUCCAGAGCUGGGUAGGGGGGUGUCACCCCCAGACCGGGGAGCAGGCUGUGGCUCUGGCAGAGGGUUUCCAGUUAGCCAAGCAAGAGCCCGGAAUAUGGCAGCAGCAGGAGGAGCUGGUGACGUGGAAGGAGGAGACUGUGUGUUCCUCUAUGGCAGAGCAGGCAGAGCUGGAUCCAGGACAGGGCGAGAUCUGCAGGGAGGUUAAGGAGGAGAAUAAGGAAGACACUCUCAUUUUGCUGGAAGGAUUCACCAUCCCCGACCCGGCCGCGAUCCCCCAGAUGGAGCCUGAGGAAGAGCCGAGGGUCCCGAAUCUCCAGGGCUCUGAGGAAAGGUUGAUCCCGAAAGGCGCCCGCCCAGCAGGUGCCAGGGCAGAUGAGGGGAAUCCCCAGUGGGAAGGACCCGUGGGAGCUGAGCCACCUGGGACGUCCCGGAGCCCCGAGCAGGGAGAUGCCUGUGGGACAGCAUGGCUGCAGGGAAACCCCCCAGGGGAGGAAAGACCUGCUGGGUGUGAUGACCCCCAGCCUCAGGGAACCCACAUGGGACACAAACCCCGUAAAUGCCCCGACUGCGGGAAGAGCUUCAGGUGGAACUCGGCGCUCCUCCACCACCAGCGAUCCCACACGGGGGAAAAACCUCAUCAGUGCAGGGAAUGUGGGCAAAGUUUUGGGCAGAAAUCCACCCUGACAAGGCACCUGAGGAUCCACACUGGCGAGAGACCCUACACAUGUCCCCAGUGUGGGAAAAGCUUUAGCCAGAAGUACAGCCUGUCCCAGCAUCAGAUGACGCACCAGCAAGAGAGACCUCACAAAUGCACCGCAUGCGGGCAAAGCUUCGCUCUCAAAUCAUACCUUGUUCGACACUUGGUGAAACGCCACAUGGGACAGAAACCCUAUAAAUGCCUCCAUUGUGGGAAGCAGUUUGCUUGGAGCUCAGACCUGAGGAAGCAUCAGACGACCCACACGGGGGAGCGCCCCUAUAGAUGCCCCCAGUGCGGGGUAGGGUUCACCCAGAGGUUCAGCCUCCUAACACAUCAGAGGACCCACCUGAACGAGAGACCCUACAAAUGCCCCCACUGUGACAAGAGCUUCAACAGGCGAUCGGGGCUUGUCAAGCAUCAGAAGACCCACACGGGGGAAAAACCUCAUGAGUGCACUGAAUGCGGGCAAGGCUUCGGGCAGAAAUCAAACCUGACUAGACACCUGAGGAUCCACGCUGGGGAGAGACCCUACAAAUGCACCAAAUGUGGGAAAAGCUUCACUCAGAAAUCGAACCUGGUUCAACACUCGAUGAAACGCCAUAUGGGAGAGAAACGUGAUGCAGCAAAUGAGCCGGUGACUUGGGAGGAGGAGGCUGCGUGUUCCUCCAGGGCAGAGCGGGCAGCGCUGGCCCCAGAGCAGGGCAAGAUCUGCAGGGAGGUGAAGGAGGAGAAUAAAGAAGAGCCUUUGAUCUCACCGGGAUUCCCCAUCCCCGACCUGGCCAUGGUCUCUCAAAUGGAGCGAGGGGAAGAGCUGAGGGUCCCGGAUCUCCAGGGCCCUGAGGAAAGGGAGACCCUGCGAGGCGCCCGCACAGCAGGUGCCAGGACAGAGGAGGAGAAUCCACAGCAGGAAGAGCCUGCAGGAGCAGAGCCGAAUGAGAUGUCCUGGAGCCCUGAGUGGGAAGACCCCAGCGGAGCAGGAUGGCAGCAGGGAGACCCCGUGGGUGAGGAGAGACCUGUUGGGUGUGAUGAUCAUAAUCCUCAGAGAGCCCACGUGGGACAGAAACCCCAUAAAUGCCCCGACUGUGGGAAGAGUUUCAGGGGGAACUCGGCGCUCCGCCAUCACCAGCGAUCCCACGCGGGGAAAACACCUCAUCAGUGCAGGGAAUGUGGGCAAAGCUUUGUGCAGAAAUCAAACUUGACUAGACACCUGAAGGUCCACACGGGGGAGAGACCCUACACAUGUCCCCAGUGUGGGAAAAGCUUUAGUGAGAAAUGCAACCUUUCCCAGCAUCAGUUAAUGCACCGGCAAGAGAGACCUCACAGAUGUACCGAAUGCGGGCAAAGUUUUGUGCAGAAAUCGACCCUGACCAGACACCUGAAGGUCCACACUGGGGAGAAACCCUACACAUGUCCCCAGUGUGGGAAAAGCUUUCGUCAGAAGUACAGCCUGUCCCAGCAUCAGCUAAGGCACCAGGAAGAGAGACCUCACAAAUGUACCACAUGUGGGCAAAGCUUCGCUCUCAAAUCGUACCUUGUUCACCACCUGAUGAAAUGCCCCAUGGGAGAGAAAUCCUAUAAAUGCCCCAAUUGUGGGAAACUUUUUUCUCGGAGCUCAUAUCUUAGGAAGCACCAAAUGACCCACAUGGGGGAACUUCCCACAGAUAUCUCCAGUGCAGGGUAGGGUUCACCCAGAGAUUCAACCUUCUGGUGCAUCAGAGGACCCACACAAGUGAAAGACCCUACGGCUGCUUGGACUAUGGGAACAGCUUCAGUUGGAGAUUGGGGCUUGUCCAGCACCAGAAGACUCACACGGGGGAAAAGCCUCAUGAGUGCACUGAAUGUGGGCAAGGCUUCAGGCAGAAAUCAAACCUGACUAAGCACGUGAAGAUCCACACCAGGGAGAAGCCCUAUAAAUGUCCCCAGUGUAGGAAAAGCUUUUGUUAGAAGAUUGCCCUUUCCCAGCAUCUGGUUAUACACACCGGCAACGGAGCCCUCACAAAUGCAGCAAGUGUUGGAAAGCUUCACUGUCAAAUCAAACCUUGUUGAACACCCGAUGCCAUAAAUGUAAGUUCAGAUGAAAUGUGUUCUGAUGAAAUGCGAUCUAGCAUCACAAUAGGGACUCCACACAAGAUAGAAACCAUCUUGGGGGGAGGGAUAGCUCAGUGGUUUGAGCAUUGGCCUGCUAAACCCAGGGUUGUGAGUUCAAUCCUUGAGGGGGCCACUUAGGGAUCUGGGGCAAAAAUUGGUCCUGCUAGUGAAGGCAGGGGGCUGGACUUGAUGACCUUUCAAGGUCCCUUCCAGUUCUAGGAGAUUGGUAUAUCUCCAAUUAUUGGCAUGGUACUUCAUUUUCUUGGAGUGGGGCACUUCUCCACUCAUAUAUAUUAAAAAUUACAAGGUUCAAAGUUCAUGGAUGGGUAGUAGCGGCUUAUUUAUGGUGACAGGUGUGAGAUUUGGGAGGGGGAAGGAGCUGGUGAAGGAAGGAAGAGAUGUUUCACUGGAGCGAGAUGGUUAGUGGAAAUUUCAAGGUAAUAUUAUUAGGUGUUGGGGGGAAAGUGAUUGCCAGGGACUGGCAGGAACCAAAAACAGAGAGAGCCUGGUUGUGUCUAGGGACUUAUGGUGGUAUAAUUAACCAGGUAUAUUUGUGAUGGUAAAAUUCCCCAUGUAGACGAGCCCAAAUAAGAUCCACCUGGACAAUAAGAAAAUGGUUCAUAUCAUGUGAGACUGAAGGUCUUAUAGCGCAAACUGUUACCCCGAGAACCAAAGCACAUGUUUUCAUCCCAAAUGCGAAACUAUACAUCUGCUGUGCUUAUCAAUCAAAUAUACCAUGGAUGACCUGUUUUGUCCUAUCAAUAUGUCUUCAACCCCAAAUUUAGAAGCUGCGCACUUGUCUGCUCUGUGAAUCUGAUAAACUCUCUCUCUCUAUGUAGAUAACAUCUUCUGGGCUAUUGUGAGAACUAAAUAGUAUGAAAUGCGUCUAUACAAUCAAAGAACGUAUGGAAUUUAUCCACCAAAUUUAGAAGACUAUAAUGGAUUUUGUUUGUUUUCUUGGUAUAUGGUGGUUGCACUCCAGAAGCAAUAGGCAUUGGAUAGCACAAAACGGAAGAUUGAAAGAUAUAACCACCUCACCAGCGUACAGCCUUGAAUUAUUAAAAGAAAUUGCUUAAAAGGGGUGAAAUUCCAA